CUGAUAGAAGCCUUGAUUUAACAGGCUAAAUUGAUUGAUUCAUGACAGAGCAACAUAUUUUCAUAUAUUCAUUCAUUUGAGUGACCAUACCUUCUUUCGAGACAUAGAUCAAUCUCAACAACAAUUGGAUUUUCUGUAGAUUGAAACAGGCAGAAUUUCAAUUGAGUAAAUCAUUUUUGUUUCUCGCGAGUAGAAAAAGUGUGAGUGUUGCUUCAGAAUGGAUGGUAGAAAACGCAAAAGCGAAGGAAAGUCGAAUUUUUCCGAAAUUGCAGCAAAGUUUGUGCAUCGAGACGGUGACCGGGAAUAUUGUCGCAUAGAAGAAGAUGAGCGCAAAUGCACUCACAUACAAGCGAAAUACGACAUCAAUAAUAUGAUUCGGCACUUCCGGACCCGGCACCCUGAGUUGGCCAGUCAACAUGGCUUAUUGGGUGACCAGUCAACAACACACGUUAAGAGACCUCGGAAUAUUCCGAAGUGUCGGUGCCCAUCGACAGGCAAUUGAUGGUGGACUCAUCCAUUAAGCUAGUGGCGUAUCAUCAUCUUCCACUAUCUUGCUUCGAGUGGGAGGGAUUGCGACAGGUUUUUGAUCCUCUGGAAGCUGCACUUGGAAUGAAGAUGAAUAGACCAAAUGCCAAAGGACAUAUUAACCAAGCAGUCGCAAAAAUGAUACCAAUGAUGGCUUCUGGGAUGAAUAAUCGAUUGCUUUGCCUGAUGAUCGACUCAGCCACUCGAUUGAAUCACCAUGUUUUGGGAAUCGGCGUACAGUACACUGUGGAUGGUAAAUUUGUUACGAGGACAAUAGAUCUUGCAUCGAGCUGGGAGUUCAUUCAACAAUAUGUUGAAGCUUUCAAACCAUGCUUCAUUUGCACUAAAAAACUGCAAGAAGCACACGUCCCCCUAGAGGAUUUCUAUAUGGAAUGGUUGAUGACGAUUUGUUCUGUAAGGAAGCUCGGAAGUAACCCGUUUGCACGUGACCUUACGGAGGCCUUAACGAAUCGUUUGUCCAAACUUCACGACUCCAUGGCCCUAUAUUUGGACCCGCGGUUUAAUUACCCAAAUUCUAAUAUAUUCACGAAUGAGGAAAGAUGUCAGAUUCAGCGUUUCAUUAUUCGCACGUGGGAUGAUUUCAUAACAGAAAUGUUUGGGGGAUCACUUAAUGGAUCCAACAUUUCAAGCACAACGUUCCAACAACAGCUAAAAACACUUGAGGCUGAACAACGACAAAACACCAACUACGACGUAUGGGAGCAUUGGAUGAACCGUAAAACUAGCCACCCAGAAUUGUAG